ACAGUGUUGCAGCUCAUGGAAAACACCCAUAAUCAUGUGGCAUGUUGGGUGAUGCUUGCAGAUGGUACAAAGCAGUGCUUUGACAGGCUCAUGUUGUAGUGUUUUUAUAGGACUUGUAGAGUAAAGACACAAGUCAAAUUCAGAAGACCAAAACAAAGUUGCUGCUGAACAGCAUAGGCAUUGGUGGACUUUUCAGUGAGAUACGCUGGUUUUUGCUGACACAGGAAUGAGUGCUGCCAAAGUCAUGCCAGUGGACCUGGCCAUGCAUUCGUGCCUGAAUCGCCAUCCUUCAGUGGAACAACUUUUGGGAAUGUCUACACUUAGAUCCCGUCGUCCUCUUACUAGACCUAGCACAUUUGAAUCUCUGCGGCCCAAAGCUGCUAUAUUCCCUGAGAUUCCUGCCUCUCCAGUGAGUGCCCUAAGAUGUACGAGCCCCAGUGGGACACUCAAGAAGAAAAAACGAGUGGUAUUCGCAGACGAUAAAGGACUGGCCCUUACUGCGGUGCGGAUCUUCAAUUCAGAUCCCCCAAUAUCUGAUGUGGAGGAGCUUUCUCCACCUGCCGAGAUAAAGACUGAGUCAUUUGUGCAAAGCAAGAAGCCUCGUCUCCAGCUGGGGUUCUCUCAGCCUUCCGCUGAUUUACCGUCAUUCCUUGAGAGUCUGGCAAAAUCUCUGGUGCGUCUGGAAAGCUGCAGCUUGAUCUAUGGAUCACUGUUCGGAAAAGUGAGGGUCUGCAACAUCAGUUCCGAGAAAGCUGUGCAUGUUCGCAUCACGUACGACUCAUGGAGAAGCCACCAGGACAUCCCAUGUACCCCUAUCCAACAGAAGUCUGGGAGCCUGGAGACAGAACUGUUUGUCUUUAACAUUCCUUUGCCUUCCUAUCCAAAUGUUCAGGAGCGUCUGGAGUUCUGCGUGUCCUUCCAUCCUGGACCUGGCAAAACACUAUUGUGGGACAGCAAUGGUGGAAGAUACUAUCAAAUCCUUGUGGAAGACGUGAACUCGGAAGAAGUUCACUCGGUUGAGAAAAAACCCUUGAUGCCCUAUAACUUUCAAAGCCCUCAAUCAUUGCCCUUGAGAAAUGGUCCAGCUUUGUAUAAGUCAGCAAGUCUUAGCUCUCUCAUUUAUCCCAUGAAAAUAUGAUGAUCUUGAAUAGGCAAGAGAACAUUAUCCCAAAAAGUAAUUCACUCCUUGAUUCUAAAAAUGCUGACACAUAAUUCUAGCAUGAGUGUUGGGUUUUUGUAUAUUGGUCCCUUAUAAUUUUCAUCAUCCAUAUAGGAUGGAUUUUGCCUUAAACUGACAUCAAGAGGGAUCAAAAAGACAGGCAGACACCCAUGUUUGAGCUAGGUCUCUCCACUUCAACUUGCCCAUGUGAGUCAGUAGUGACUCAGUGGUGAGGUAGUGAGACAGAUGUGUCUCCCUCGAGCUUUGUGCACCUGUAUAUCAGAUGAUUAUCUGUUAUGACAAGAAACAUCAGCACUUGCUCAUCAAGGUCAGCCAAUUUCAAGCUGUGAGGGUCUUUCACUUCCUGUGAGGUAGUUGAACUGAGACAGAAAAUUAAUGCAGCUGCAGGUGUGAAAUGACUUGUAAUAUAACUGUUGAAUGUUUUCUAUGUAUAUUUAUUUAUGACAAAUGAAUAUUAAAGGCAAAAAUAAAAAUGUAUACUGAUAUAACCAUGACUUUGUGAGAAGAAAUA